UACAUUACAGAGAUGUAUUUACGUCAGAUUCUCCGGAACCGUGGUUCCACUGUCAACUUUUUUGUAGAGUAUUUACACACAGCUACAACAAUACACAAAGAGCCUAUGUUAAAAGGGCAACAGACUUUACUCUGUGCCACUCCAUAUUCUCAGCUGAUGUCAACAGCCCCAAAUACCAAAGAUAGAGCUGCAUCUGAUGCACUCCAUAUCAGUGACAGCUGCGUAAAACGUUUGAAAGAAAUUGCAACUGACGGUAACUUUUUACGGGUUAUGGUUGAAGGAGGCGGUUGUUCAGGAUUCCAGUACAAGUUUGACCUGGAGAAGAGCAUCAAAGACGAUGAUAUAGUCUUCAACGCAAAUGGUGUAAAAGUUGUAAUAGAUGAGACAUCACUAGAAUAUGUUCGCGGUUCAACAAUUGAAUACCAUCAGGAGCUGAUAAGAUCAACCUUCCGUAUAGUCAACAACCCUCUUGCAGAACAGGGUUGUUCCUGUGGCGCUUCUUUUUCUAUUAAAAUAGACUAAGUAGAAAUCAUUGGACUGUUUAAUUAUUUAUUUGUAUUGUAUAUAUUAUGAAAUGAUUUUUGUUGUUGUAUUGCAUAGAAUAAAUAAUGCUGUAUUUAUUAA